CUACUAUUUUAUGCCUCAUUAUCCUGAAGAGAUUGAAUAUUCUGAUAAAUAUCAAGAUGAUUUCUAUGAAUAUAGACAUGUCAUUUUACCUAAACACAUAUUCAAAAAAUUAACUAAAGGUGUUAUAUCAUAUUAACAAAUUAGGUAAAUUACUUAGUGAAAUGGAAUGGAGAGGUUUAGGAGUAUAAUAAUCUAGAGGAUGGAUUCAUUAUGAAUGUCAUAGACCAGAACCACAUAUAUUAUUAUUUAGAAGACCUAAAGGAACCGAUCCAAAUACUGGAUUACCUCCUUAAGGAUUUGCUGCACCUUAUUGAUUAGUUUUAUUCAUUUCAUUACAAAACCU